AUGAUAACAACCACUCCUCCCCCACUUGUUACCAAUCAAUUGAAGAAUUAUGCAAAUGAAAAUGAAAAUGAAAAUGAAAAUGAAAACUAUGACUGUGAUGAUGACAACCAUCCAGAAAUAAGGCUGUCUAAUCAAUUGGUGGAUGAUAAAGAUCGUUUUGCAGCAAAGGUAUCUGAUGAUGGUAACAGUAGAUUAAAUCGUCAUCGCAAUCAUCAAUCGCAACCACAGUCACAACAUCUUGUUCAUCACCACUCCAACAAUCAAUAUCAUCAUCAUCCAUUAGUUUCUCAUGACUACUCUUUAAGGAAGUUAUUAAGUUCUCAUCUGUCUAUUUAUAACGCUUUAACUAAUCCUGAUUUGGAUGUAUCUCCUUUGGUUGGUCGUGAUUUCUCAACUCCUCGUUUAACCCCCGAAUUAAUAAUGGAUCCAAAUUUUUCAUUAACUUCGUGGCAAUCAAUUAAUAAUUCUAAACUUCCAUCUCCAAAACUUUUAUCAGAUGAUGAUCAUUCUAAAAAUAACAAUAGAAGGCCCCCAACUUCUUCUAUAUUGUCUGUGACUACUUCAAAUGAUGAUAAUCAUAUAGAAACUACUAUGAUGGUUUCUUCACCUAAAUCUUCUAGUGUGAUGGUUUUUGAAACUGACGAAGAAGAUGCCAUUCCUGUUAAUGUUGAUCUUACUGGAGAAGAAAGUGAUGGUUUUACUUCUCAUAUGCGUAAUGCGGACUCAUUUAUUAUGCCUCGAUUAUCAGUAUCUGAACAAACUACAAAUUUUAAUAAGACCAAAUCUUCAAAAGAAAAUGAUAUACUUCAAGUUGUUUUAUUAAGUUGUCAGAAUAGUUAUACUUAUGAAGUUAAUCAAUUAAUCGAAAAUAUUCAAUCCGAAUUAAAUUCAUUUCUUAUUAAAAUAAAUCAUAUUAAUGUGAGUAAACUUUCAACAACUUCAUUUCUGAAAUUGGAUAGAUCUAUCGUGAAGAAUUCCGAUUUAAUAUUUAUUGUCAAUGAUGGUUCAUCUAUAUUUUUAGAAUAUCUUGUCCAAAUAUUUGGUGAAACAUAUGAUCUGCAUAAUGUAGAUGAAAAUGAAAGUCCAAAAUUAACCAUAAUUAAUAUGAUGACGGUCAAUUAUUUCAUAAAUUUAUUUGAGUUAAUAAAUUAUCUGAAACCUUAUCAAAUUUGGAAAGCUACUUCAUUGAAGCAAGAGAAUUUAUUACAUAAGUUUAAACGUUUUCUUCAAUUAGAAAGUGGUAAUGUUCAACCAAUGUCAAAUAAUAUUAAUAUGAACUUGGUAUUGACAAAAUCUUCGGCUUCAUCUGAUAUGAAGAGGUCAACUACGAUGUAUUCUAAUUUGAUAUCUUUGAGAAAACCGGAUUACAAAGGCAUUGAAAGACAGUUUAAGUUGGAUUUACAAAGUUCAACUACAUUUAAUGAUCCUUUACAGAUUACUUCUAAUUUCUCCCAUUUCAAUAUUUUGCAAGCAAUUCUAAACAAAUUGAUUGAAGUUGUUAAUACUAAAUCAUUGGAAUUAAUUUCAUCUUCUUCGUCUAAAACUUCUAAAUUGUGGAUUAUUUGCAGCUUUAGUAUUGGAAUUGGAUUUGGAGUUGGAAUUGCUAGUGGAGCAGCUUCCUUAUUUGGAUAUUAUAUUUAUGAUUUAUUGAUUACUGACUAUGAUGCUGUUCCAAAAAUUUCUGAUAUUGAAACAAUACAACCUGAGUUUCACUCCAAAUCUAUUGUCGACAAUAUUGCUGGUCAAUAUACAGAGGAUUUUCUGGAUUCAAUUUCUCAGUUUUACAAUGCAUUAGAUUAUCCAAAUAUAGUAGACGAAUUGGUUAAUUUCUCCAAGGAUUACUCAUUUUAUUUGAGAUAUUUCAGUUCUUUCGUUUUAGAUUAUUUUAAGGGAGGUCUUGAAAAGUUGAUAGGAUUACUCAUCUACAGCAAUCACUAA